AAGAGAGAGGUGUGCUCAGCUUUAAUUUUGUAAUUGAAUAGGAGGAAUAUAUGUGUAUAUUUGGUGAAGUGGGUUCUUAGAGUAGAACAUUUUUCGUUCAUAUCGACACUGGUAUUUAGCAUCAAAGCCUGUUCACUUGUACGAUAGUUAGUUGAAUAAAUAGUAUUCUGAUUUUAAAAUUCAAUCCCAUUUUGAUUGAGGAAGGUGAGUAUGAAAAAGCAAAGCAAUGAGGGGUUUAGUGUUAUUGGGUGGGAGUGUGUGAAAGGCCAAUAAAUUCAUGGAUCAAGAAGGAGUAAGGACUGCUUCCAAGUUCCAACUGUUUCCAUAAGUAAAGCAACAAAAAGUAAGGAUGAAGGGAUCCUCCGCCGGGACUAGAGCAUAUUGUCUCCAUGUACACGGCCCCCCUCCCAUCAUCUCUUUUCUACUAACCCAGCUUUUUGUUUGUGAAUCCUGAUAUGGUGAGCAUCAAAUCCCACCCCCACUCCUCUCCCUCAUUUCUUUAUGCUACACACUGCUGCCACUUGUAUCUCUUACCUACUGCCUCGUAGUCCUCUCCUCUUCUCUCUCUCUCUCUCUCCUCUUUCUCUCUCUUUGCCUUCUAUCCCAAGUUCCAGAGCCCACCAUCUCUUGAUCUGAUUGCCAACAAAUGAAGAUCCACUGCGACGUCUGUAGUAGAGAAGAAGCGACGGUGUUUUGCACCGCCGACGAGGCAGCUCUCUGCGACGCCUGCGACCACCGGGUCCACCACGCCAACAAGCUCGCCUCCAAGCACCAGCGCUUCUCUCUUCUCCACCCCUCCCCUAAGCAGGUCCCUCUCUGCGACGUAUGCCAGGAGAAGAGAGCUUUCCUAUUCUGUCAGCAGGACCGAGCAAUUCUAUGUAGAGACUGCGAUCUUCCAAUUCACACCGCCAACGAGCACACCCAGAAGCACAACAGGUUCCUUCUCACUGGCAUCAAGCUUUCUGCCACUUCUGCGCUCUACUCCUCUACCACCAGCGUCGCAGAUUCUGUUUCCGAUCACAAGUCUCAGUCCUCUCUCAAGAAGCCCGAGUCGGUGCCUCCUGAGAUCUCCCAUCCACCGUCCAUCACCAAGACUUCAUCGCCAACAACCGCCAUAAACAGCAUAAACAAGGGUGGGGAUGCUUCUCUAACAAGUGAAGGUGUUUCAACCAGUAGUAUAUCAGAGUACUUGAUCGAGAUGUUACCAGGCUGGCAUGUUGAGGAUUUUUUGGAUUCCACUUCUGCUCCUUCUGGUUUCUGUAAGAGUGCUGGUGAUGAUGUACUACCUUAUCUUCUUGAUGCGGAUCUUGACAACAAUCUGAGUAGCUUCUCGUCAGAAAAUUUGGGGGUUUGGGUUCCUCAAGCUCCCACUCCUCUCCAUCCUUCUCAAUAUUCGUCAUUCAUGGGUGGGCAGAUUGGGUUGAAAGAGUCCAAGGAAGCUACAACCAUGAAACCCAACAGCAAAAAGUGGGGAGACGAUGUUUUUACAGUUCCACAGAUCAGCCCUCCAUCUGUAGGCUCCAAGAGAUCUAGAUCUUUCUGGCAGUAUCACCACUAAAUCUGAUGCCCAUUUUUUUUUCUUUUUUUUUUGUUUCUUUUUGAACCGAUCUGGUUUCCGUUUUUUUCCCCUCUUGCUUUAAUUUUGCUUCCAAUGUUCUUCAACUCAGGUUCAGUCCAUCCUUUUGCCUUUUCACCUUUUUCCAUGGAUAUGUACUUGCAAGCUGCAAGUUAUCUUCCUUUGUAAAUAUGUAUGAAACCCAGAUAGCUUUUUCCUUCCAUCCCAUGAAUGAAGUCAGAAAAUUUUUGUUCAAAAAGGAAAAUAACAAA